GCCAGCAGAGUGAAUAUUGGAAAAGUCACCCGAGCAAUCAGUCAGUUUGGCCUGUUUGGCCAGUUUGAGUGAGCGUCGAGGUCAGCAGAGACAACUGUGCGAGAGAUCCCACCUAUAGAACAUGAUAUAAAUAAAAAAAUAAAUACAGAGAGAGAGAGCAAAAGCAAGAGAGAAAGAGAGAGAGAAUAGUUUUCCGUCGGUGAAAAACAGUGGCUCCAAGUUAAAAACCUCCUUCUCCAGCCAAGAAAGCCCAAUAAAAUAGGCGCUCGCGAGAAAAGAUAUUGUGCCAGCAGCUUCAAGAGACUGCCGAGCGAUUGUGUGACUUGGCUCUCGUGCGGGUGCUGAGAGUUGGCUUGUUGUGUGUUUGCUCCGUGUGACCUCGCAGUACGCAUGAGUGAUGUUAUCGAUUGAUUGCGCACGCAAACCCUUUGCUCGUCGCGCCAUCUCAAACCGAGCGCUGGCAGCAACGGCAGCAUUAGUCGCACCAGCAGCAGCAGCAGCACCAUCAGCAGCAGUAGCAGCACCAUCAGCAGGCUGCGCACACAGCACAGGUUGAUGCGGUUUAACACACAAGGGAACACAGGGAAGCACCAGGCAUCAACACACACACACACCACACCAGCACGCGAACACGCACGUGUGUGGUGGUGUUGAGUGCGCGUGCUGAUCGUGCUUCCGGAACGUGAGCAAGUAAGAGUAUUGGUGUGUGUGAUUGUGCGUGUGUGAGCUGUAUCAACAUCGAUCAAGGAUCAGGAUAUCAGGUGAUGACCUAGACCGUAGACGUCGAAAUCGCUCUCGACAAGCUGCCAGCAGGGACGCGAGGAUUCCGCGUGGCAGCGUGGUUUGUUGUGUGUGUGUGGUGUGGACCGGGAGCAAGUGCACGCGCGUCUGUCUGUGUGUGUGUGCGGGUUCGUGUCUAUAGGUGGGUUGCGGUGUUGGUAUGGUGGAUAGGGGACCGCGAUCGACUGGAUCACUCCACAGAUGGCGGAUCGGUCGUUAACUGUGUUGUUGCGUGCAAGAUGGCCACUGGUAGCUGGCCUUUUCCGCACCCGGUAGUGUGUCAUGUGUUCACGUGUGCGUGCGUGCGUGUGUGUGUGUGCGUGUGGCCUGGCUCGUGUGGGGAGUCGAGCCAUUUACGAGCAUUGCGUUGAGGAUGAUGCAGGAUCACUAAAGUUCUCUGUGUCGGUGUCGUUCCCAUAGUGCCAAUGGUGGAAGUGUUGUUACAGCACCACCAGCAGCAGCAGCAGCAGCAGCGGCGGCAGCUCGAGUCGUUGUCAGUGUCAGUGCGGUCGUGCCGUAGGAGCAGUGCUAGUUUGUUGGCGUUUGUCGCUCGGUGCGGUGGCUGUCAGUGUGGGCCCGUGAGCCCGGUUUCGGUGGUGGUGGUCCUGCGUGCGCGUGACCGUCGCAGGCAUUAGAGGCGAGCCUUACGGGCGGGCGCGAAAAGCUCUUGCACGAAAAGCAAAGUAGAGAAGGAUCAGAGUGAGCUGCAGAAGUUGAAGAAGAAGAAGAAGAGGCAGCAGCGAACGAAGCAGAAGUGAUAGCGCGGAAAGCGGUGCGUGUGGCAGGUGCAGGUGCGCCGCCCGUGGCCGUGGCAACGUGCGAUAGUGACGGGUCAGACGCCGGGGGGUACGGGACGGGGGGCAGCGGGACGGCAGAGAAGAGCAGCGGACGUUCGGCGCACGGCGGACGAUGAUGGUGGGGCCAUGAGCCCGAGCCCCGAGGUCGUUGCGAGCCGCAAGCGCGUCUCAAGCGGGCCUGCACCAUGCUAGCGCCGCCGAACCCGAGGUCAAUAUGCGGCCAGGACCCGGGCUGGUCGUGAUGGCGCUUGCGUUUAUUUCGGGGGCUCGGCGAGGCACCGGUCAACAGAGCAGCAGUGCCAGUCAGAGUGGCAAGUUGGGCAAAGUUGGAGAAGACAAUACGGGAGAAGGCGGCGCACUAACGCGGAUCAAUCCGUGGCUUUCGGCGUGCGAUCUGGAGCAGCCCAACUCGGCACCGGAUCUCCAGGGUCAAUGUUCAGCCGGUACACUGCCUGUGGCCUGGAUAGACGAAGGUCCUGGACCACCGCGGUGUCCACCGCCAUGUGCAACGUUUCGUACACAUGCUACAUAUAAUAAUAAUAAUAAUAAAAAUAAUAAUAAAAAUAGUAAUAAGCCAUACAAUAUUGAUAAUACUAAAUAUAACAUGGAGAACCGGUUAAAUGAUAAACAACAGUGCCUUGACUAUUUGGGCGAUAAUGCAGAGUUAAGUCCAGCACAAAUUUGUAAAAAAUCGUCACAAAGUAUUGAGACCAAGCUGAAAACAUUACGUUUAAGACAUUGUUGUGAACGUACCGUUGGCAGUGCUUUACACAACGCAGCCUACGCCGACGUGCUGCGGGGCGGUCCCGGGUGUACCGGGCGGCUGGCCGAGCUGCUGGAAACGGACGCGCUGGCGGCACGGAUCACAUGCGAAUUUACCGAGGUGCUGAUACGGUACGACUGCGGACAGCCGUACUCUAUCAUCCACCACUGUGAGGAUUGUAAG